UCUCAACCCCACAUUACCCACCAUUAGUAUUCAAGCAUCACGUACGAUUCUGAUGUACGCGUCUAUGCGUCUAUAAAAUAAAGCUCGCCAUUCUCUACUUUACUUGCUCUCCAAAUACUGCAAACUAAACAUCAAGAUAACCAGAAGUUAUGAGGCCUUCAUUUGCAUUUGCAUGCUUUCUCUUUAUCCUUGCUCUUUUCCAAUUCACCGCUUUUUCUUUCUCGUCUGUACACCCAGUGCUUUGUCAUGACGAUGAACGCCUCGCUUUGAUGCAAUUCAAGGAAAGCUUCAUCAUCGACGAGCGCGCAUCUCCUGCUUCCUCGUAUGCUUAUCCUAAGGUUGAUGGCUGGACGUUUCAAGGAGUUGAUUGCUGUUCAUGGGAUGGCGUCGAGUGUGAUCAAAUCACCGGUCAGGUGAUAGGCCUGGACCUCAGCAGUAGCUUCCUUUAUGGCUCUAUCAAUUCCUCCAGUACUCUCUUCCACCUUGUUCACCUUCAAAAGCUUAACCUCGCACACAAUGACUUCAAUUACUCUGUGAUUCCAUCUGCGUUGGGCAAUCUUUCGUUGCUGACAUAUCUCAAUCUCUCUAAUUCUGUAUUUUCUGGUCAAAUACCUUCAGAAAUUUCAAAGCUCUUUCGAUUAUCUUCCCUAGAUCUGUCAUAUAAUUGGGAUCCUAGGUUUCAACGGUUGUUGGAACUCAAAAUGCCUGAUCUGAAGAGCUUAAUACAGAAUUUUACAGACUUAAAACACCUUCAUCUCUCGUACGUAGAUGUGGCUUCUCCGAUUCCUAGUGUCUUAGCCAACUUUUCCUCUUUGACGUCCCUUCGUCUCGAUUAUUGUGGACUGUUAGGCAAAUUUCCAUUACCCAUUUUCCAGCUACCAAACCUUCAAAUUGUUUGGCUGAUGCACAACGUGGGUCUCACGGGUUACUUUCCAGAAUUCAAUUUCACCAGCCAACUUAAAGUCUUGGCACUCGGGAACACAAGUUUUUCUGGUGAAUUACCUGCUUCAAUUGGAGGCCUUGAUUCAUUGGAAAUCUUGGAAAUUGAUCAUUGCAACUUCACAGGGUUAGUGCCAUCAACUCUGGGUAAUCUCACCAAUCUCUAUUAUAUGGAUCUUCAAAAUAAUUCUUUUACAGGUGAGCUACCUUACUCAAUUGGAAACCUUAUUUCUUUGGAAUAUUUGUACAUUCCUCGUUGCAAAUUCACAGGAUUAGUUCCAGCUAUGCUGGGUAAUCUCACCAAGCUCAUGGUUUUGGAUCUUGGAAGUAAUCUUUUUAGAGGUUCUAUUCCACCAGAGCUAACGAACCUGACCCAAUUAACUUAUUUGAACCUAAUGGAAAAUAUGUUAGAAGGGUCAGUUCCAAGCUCAAUCUCGAGACUCAAGAAACUAGAAUUUUUUGACUGUGACAAAAAUAGAUUGGGUGGCAUGGUGGAGCUUGAUACAUUUCUUGAGCUAAAACAGUUGAAGUAUCUGUUUCUAUCCUUAAAUAAUUUCAAUUUAAUUUCAAGAAAUAAUACCAAUGCCACCAGUCCUCAGCUUGUUGAUAUAGGAUUGCGUUACUGCCAUCUAAGAGGGUUCCCAGAUUUCUUGCGUAACCAACAUCAAUUGCAACUUCUUGAUCUUUCUUCCAACAACAUUGAGGGCCAGAUACCGAAAUGGCUGUCGAAAGUGAGCAUUGAAACUCUGUUAUUUUUAGACCUUUCAAACAACUCUCUAACCGGUUUUGAUGAAUUCCCGGUUGUUCUUCCGUGGUCCAAAUUAUACUAUCUAAAACUUGAUUCCAACAUUCUCCAAGGUUCACUCCCAGUUCCACCCUUGUCUACUAGUUUCUAUUCCAUCUCAAACAAUUCCAUCACCGGAGAAAUCCCACCACUCUUGUGCAACCUCAGCUCUCUUUCUAUUCUUGAUGUUUCCCUUAAUAACUUGAGUGGUGAGAUCCCUUUGUGUUUGAGCAACUUUAGCGAGUACUUAUUGGUAUUGAGGGUGCGCUCCAACAACUUUCAUGGUCCCAUUCCACGUAGUUGGGCAAGUGGAAACAGAUUAAAGAUGAUAGAUUUGGGCAAAAACAAAUUUCAAGGAAAGAUACCAAGAUCGCUGAUGGAGUGUAGAAUGUUAGAAUAUCUUGAUCUCGGGAACAAUCAGAUUAGCGAUUCAUUCCCUUCAUGGCUGGGGACCCUUCCAGAGUUGAAUAUUCUUAUUUUAAGCUCUAAUGCACUUUAUGGUAUGAUAGGGGAUCCUGAGUCCCAUUUUGUCUUUCCCAAAUUGCGAGUCAUCGAUCUCUCUCACAACAGAUUUAAUGGGACGCUGCCUUCAGGCUACUUUGAAAGAUGGAAUGCCAUGAGAAGUCUUGAUGUCAGGAACUCAUCAGCUAGUUACAUGCUUGAAUAUUUGGAUAUGACGAUCAAUGUAAUGCAUGUUCCCAGGUAUUAUAUUUACUCCAUGACAAUUACAAACAAAGGCAUAGAAAUGCUGUACCCAAAGAUCAUUCGAACUCUUGUAGCCAUUGAUCUCUCGAGCAACAGAUUUGAUGGAGAAAUUCCAGAAUCCAUUUGGAGUCUCAAAGAGCUUCACUUGCUUAAUUUUUCGAAUAAUAUUCUUGUUGGCCGAAUCCCAUCAGCUAUAGCGAAGCUAACGAAUCUUGAAGCAUUGGACCUUUCUCAGAACAAGCUAGCUGGAAGAAUUCCUUGGGAGUUGAGUACACAACUCACUUUCCUUGCGGUUCUCAGCGUCUCUCAUAAUCAUCUCUCAGGACCUAUACCGCAAGGCCAGCAAUUCGAUACUUUCCAAAGUAGUUCCUUUGAAGGAAAUCUUGGGUUGUGUGGAAAACCGUUGCUAAAAGAAUGUGACAGUGGUUCUGGAGCCUUGGCACCACCUCCAUCUUCAAUUUCUGAGGACUCUGGAUUCUUGGUUGGAUUGCAUUGGAAAGUAGUCUUGCUGGGUUAUGGAAGUGGAUUCCUAAUUGGAGUGACUAUUGGGCAUUUUGUGACUACUAGGAAAAGUGAUUGGCUUGCCAAGACUUUCGCCAAAAGUCAUGGAAGAAGGCAAAGGAGGUGAACAAAUGCAAAUAAGUGGACUUUGCUGUGUCAUAUAUUAUUAAGCUAUAUGUAUUGUUAAGCUACAUAUAGUGAUGAUAGAACAGUACGCCCAAUUUACUUUUUCCUUUGCAAAUCAUCACUAGUCUUGUUGUAAUGAAAGAAGUAGAGAUGGAAGGAAAUCAUUAACCCGAGGGAGAUGGAGAGACAGAGAAACAGAGAUCAGUUUCCAUAUUCUACCUGUAGAUGUAAGACUAAGGAACACCAUACUCGAAGCUAUUGUGGGCUUUAAGCCAUUUUAUAUUUGUGUUAGAUUUUCAAAUUUUUUUAAAUAGC